AUGAGGAUUGAGAAUUGCUUUUUCUGCAGUCGCCCGACGUAUCCCUCGAAGGGUAUCACCUUCGUUAGAAACGAUGCCAAGGCAUUCAGAUUCUGCCGCUCGAAAUGCCAGCGCGCAUUCACCAAGAAACGCCAGGCCCGUAAGGUGAAAUGGACCAAGAUCUCCCGUCAACACGCCGGCAAGGAAAUGCAAGUCGACCGCACGCUGCAGUUCGCCGCCCGCCGGAACGUUCCCACCCGUUACAACCGCCAGCUUAUGGCCCAGACCCUGCACGCCAUGGAGCGGGUCGAGGAGAUUCGGGCGCGUCGCGAGCGAGUCUUCUACAAGAAGCGUAUGGCCGGUAACCGCGAGCGUGAGACCGCCGAGAACUUCAAGCUGGUCUCCGAGAAUGAGCACCUGCUGCCCCGUGAGCUGCGCGAGAACGCGGACGCCAAGGUCGCCGAUGUCGAGCCCGCCAAGACGAAGGUCUUCAAGACCGAGCGACGCAAGUUGCGCGCGAGAGUCGACGGUGGUGUGGAAGAGGUUGUGGAGGGUAUGGAUAUGGACUGA